AUACGUACAUUUCGAGAUUCCGUCUGACAAGAAUAAUAAUAAAAGUUCACACGAAAUGAUGACAAAUCAAUUAAACUCGUGAAAAUAAGUCAAUAUAAAUCUGAAUUUGAAAUAAAUUUGUGAAUUUUUACUUAUUCAAAAAAUAGCCGGAAUGGAAACUAUUUUGUGAAAGGAUUGUUAAUACAGAAGAAUCGAAGAUAAAAUGAGUUCUAGUUUUUGCAAUUUGUAAUCUGUGUGAAGACUUUAAAGACUGGAUAAGCCAGAUAAGUUGUAAUCAAAAUGGUGUCACGAAACCUUACCGAGGUUUUUAUCCUCAUGCGGAACAAUUCUAUGACGAGUAGGCAAAUCUAUAAUGAUCAGACAUCAGAUUCUACCUCAGACCGUGUCGCCCUGAUAAACAAGCGAAGACCAUUAGUCGUCGAGGAGGACAUCGAACUGGGUGGAGAUCCGAGUCGAGAUUCGUCCGAAUUUCUGAGCAUUCCACCCCCUUGGAUCGACGAUCUGGAAGAUAUUAGAUACAAUACGACACUUAUCUCGCAAAAAACCAAGGAACUUGACCAAUUGCAAACUAAACACGUUCAACGACCCACAUUUGACGACGAUGCUACAACCGAACAUCAAAUUGAGGAUGUUACCCAAUCCAUCACGAGGUUGUUCUCCACAUGUCAUCGGAUCGUGCAACAAAUGCAGGGCAAAGGUCAGCGAUCGUCCUGGAGUGAGAAAAAGUUGAAGGAAAGCGUCAUUAAGUCGGUCAUCCAGUCACUGCAAGAGCUCUCAACCAGUUUCCGAUCUAGUCAAGGAACUUAUCUGAGAAAAAUUACAGCGAGAGAAGAAAUGUCUGAUCGUUACUUUGAAAUUCCAAAUCUCAUCGGCGAAGAGGCCGGACCUUACCGGUACGACCAAGACUUUCUCGAGGGAAAUGUCCACAAAAACCAAGAGUGGACGCAACAACAACUCCUCGCCCUGGAAGAUGACAAUGUCCAUUUGCAAGAAAGGGAGCGAGAAGUUCAACAAGUAGUCAAGUCGAUUAUGGACCUCAACACGAUAUUUCGCGAGUUGGCUUCCAUGGUCAAAGAGCAGGCCGAUAUGGUGGACAGGAUUGAUUAUCAUGUCGAAACGACCCAUAUCAAGGUGGAAGAGGGAACGAAACAGUUGCAAAAAGCGGCCAAUUAUCAGAGAAGAAAUCGAAAAUGCAUAUUUCUAGUCUCUUGUGUCAUUCUCACAGUGUUACUCAUUUUCCUCCUCGUCGCGCUCGGAACGUAGUUUUAAAUUGAGGUUUAAUUUACAAAAUUGUCAUUCCGUGAAAUAAGUUAAUGGGAACUGUCUUCAGUUACGAAAUGUGCAAAAAAUUCAGAAUGAAAAUCAUGUGUUAAAAUUUUGCAUUCAUAUUUUGCUAUCACUAUAAUUUUAUUUCUUGAAAGUCAAAUCCGCACUAUGUAACUUAUUCUUAAAACAUUCUUGUCAUGUCAUUAGAUAAAGUUAACCAGUUACCGAUGCAGCAUAAUUUAUUGACAAUCACCUCCUUGAUAUUAAUUAUUUUAAUUUAGUUUAUUAGUCUAUAUGUAGAGUUAGCUGGAUAUAUACAUACUUAGCAACUUUUAAUUGACGCAUGUGGUGCUCUUGAUCUGAAACACUCUCAAUUAAUCAAUUACAGUAACCAUAUCCUUUUGUUUAACUUCUCUGCGAAAUGACUUGCAUUUAUCAUGACAAACAUAUAACAAUCAUCAUAAUUUUUUCGAUUAUACUGUUCAAAUGUUGAGGAAAUAAAUAUUCCAUUCCAUACGAAA